AUGUGCUGUACUUGUCAAGUAGUUUUGUUCUUAGUUUCUUCCAUGUUUCGAUCGGCUUCUUCAUGUUCGCCGUUGCGACAGGUCACGUACGGCCUUGUGGUUGUGGGCAAGGGACAUAUCACAUCUGCACGGUACAUGUUGGUGCUGUUGUUGUUAGACUCUUGUGCCUUGCUGCACUGUAAGGUCACGAGAUUUACGAGUACAAUCUCUGUCAUUUCUUUCUGUCGCGACUUUAGCUGCCUGCCUGCCUGCCUCUGUUUGUGCCAUCUUUCCAUCAAUGCUGCAGUACUAGUACGUGCUGUGUCUUGUUCUUUUGGUUGGGAACUCUGGUCUUGUUUGGGUCGACAGAUGGUGAUUGCUGUGGAAACCAGUGGCAGUGGGAAUCUAUGUGUUGGACAAUUUGGCACCGAAGGAAACAGCGCAGAAACUCAACUAAUAGUGCAACUGAAAGGUCCAGUUGCUCUGCUUAACUUGCGCCAGGUGCCUCUGUCGUAA